CACCGUGUUUAGGCGUGUUUUUGUGUUGUCUAUUACAUUAUACGAGUCGAGGGUACCUAGACACAUCAAGCAGUCUCUUCCAACAGCCACAUAUACAGCAUAUGAUAGCCACAUAUGUUCUCACGAUGGAGGCUGUGUUGUUUUAAAACGGUAGCAAAGCUUGCUAAAAUGAUGUAUUAGAAUUUAUUGUGUCUCACUACGUCUGUCUGUCACCACGGAUUACGUUAAUACGGUGGCCAACGGUAUAUCUGGCCUAAUGAAUUUAGCAACGCAUAGCACUGACCAGCUGUGUGACUUGUUGUUUGUUAACUUCAACCAAGACUGCUCGUCACUCGCUAUUGGGACAAAAACAGGGUACAGACUUUUCUCAUUAGCCCAGAUCGACCGCUUGGAUCAAAUCUAUGAACAUGUGAAUGAAGAUAUUUGUAUAGUGGAACGGCUGUUCUCCAGCAGCUUAGUUGCCAUUGUCAGCUUACAGUCUCCACGGAAACUGAAAGUAUGUCACUUCAAAAAAAGUGCAGAAAUUUGCAAUUACAGUUAUUCCAGCUCUAUUUUGGCAGUUUGCCUAAACCGGCAUCGCUUGAUAGUAUGCUUGGAAGAAAGUCUGUACAUUCACAACAUUCGCGAUAUGAAAGUAUUGCAUACAAUCCGAGAUACACCACCCAAUCCACAGGGCCUCUGUGUCUUCUCUUCCAGUAAUGAUAACUGCUUCCUUGCAUACCCAGGCAGUAACCAGAUUGGAGAGGUGCAGAUCUUUGACACAAUGACCUUGCGUGCUUUAACUAUGAUCCCAGCACAUGAUAAUCCCUUAGCAGCUUUAGUAUUUAAUCCACAAGGGACAAAACUGGCUACUGCUUCUGAGAAGGGUACUGUUAUUCGUGUAUUUUCUGUUCCUGAUGGUCAAAAAUUGUUUGAAUUCCGGAGAGGAGUUAAACGGUGUGUCACUAUUUAUUCCUUGGCAUUCAGCCCAGAUUCUUUGUUUUUGGCUGCUUCUAGUAACACUGAAACAGUCCAUGUAUUCAAAUUAGAAACUAUGAAAGACAAACCUCCUGAAGACAGCCAAGGUUGGAUGGGCUAUUUUGGUCAAGCCCUUAAAACUUCAGCCAAUUACUUGCCUACCCAGGUAUCAGAGAUGUUUAACCAGGGUCGGUCAUUUGCUACUGCCCGCUUGCCCACAACUGGUCUUAAAAAUGUCUGUGCUUUAACAGUAAUCCAGAAUGUUUUACAUUUAUUGGUAGCAUCACAAGACGGUUACCUGUAUGUCUUUAACAUCGAUCCCAAAGAAGGGGGAGAGUGCGUACUGCUGCGCCAACAUAGAUUAACUGGUGUUGAGUGUGGAAGUUCAUUGGCUGAUGUCCAGUCAACUAGCAAAGACCAAAAUCAGUCUAACCCACCAGUGAGCUACGCUGCCAGUGUACACAGGUCUGAGCAGCAAGCUCUGGUCACUGCUGAUGCAACUUCUGUACUCUCCGGCACACCACCAGGUAAGCUCUCGACCCACCUUACAAAGUGUCCAGCCGACCAAGACUGGGUCUCUGCUCCAACAACACAGUGGAGUGGAGCCACCGCUGCAGCUCACAAACAUAGCUAUGCUGCAGUUCUGAAGAAAGAAGGUGGGCCACAGUGUCUAACAGAUGAUGGCAAUGGGGAGGAGGAUGUUGGUAUUGAUAUGUUAUUGUGUGAGGCGGCAGACUCCCAGCCAUACCAAGAACCAGAUCAAGGGGCUGAAAGAACAGGAGACUGUCUGUCACAAUAUGUCGAUACUUUACGCCUGCAUGACGACAGUGAAUUUCCACCUGUCUCUAAUUAAAUCAGCUUUCACUAUUUUUAUUUAAAUAAAGAAAAGAAAAUUAUAUAUAUACAUAUAUAUAAUUACUGUGGAAUUUCAAAAUCUAAAAAAAAAAAGUACUUUGUUUUCCUUUAAUUAUUCUCAAAGGAUAAAUUGGAAAAGAAAACUUUAUCACACUACUUUUUAAGCUGCUAUUACAAAAAAAAAAAGUUUGUUGUCCUCAUGUAAUAUGUCCAUCUCUUAUAAGUCUUUUCCAGACAUUCCACCCCGUCACAGAGCUUAAACCAGGUGGAAAUGUAAAUGUAAAGACGAAAGCUUAAGUACAUUUAGUUUUAUCUAGUAUGUAUUGAAGUGGAUCAGUUCAAGAGCCAAGACAUAAGAGGACUUCAGAAACACCAUGCAUCUGCUGCUUUCACACAAAUACUUUAUUUUCAAUGAGAAAGAGUCAUUAAGCAACCUACAGCCCUAUUAUUAUUAUUAUUAAUUUUAUUAUACUGACAAUAGACAUGCAAUGGUUAGCAACUACAUGAAACUUGAUAGCCACCUUGACAACUAUGUACAUAAAAAGUUCUCAUUUUUUUAUAUUUAAAGAAAUAUAAGUGAAGAAGAAAACCCAUUAUUUGGGACAGGGCUUUAUAUUCACUCUAACAUUCAAUGUCUUCAACUUAAACUCAGUCACUCCCCAACCACCAACACCAUGAAUUAAACUUCUUUGUUUUUGAAUUGAAAAAGGAUGGGGUGGGGUUUCUUAUUUAAUUUGUUUGGGAUCUUCUUUCUAAUUAAACAAAAAAACUGUUUACCAAAAUUUGUUAUUUGAUUAAUUGCUGUUGUAAUUAUUAGUGUUUUCCUUCAUCUUUCAUUGAUUCACCACUUCAAGGUUAUUGGCACUUGUUUGUCAAAUCUAAAUGCAUUUCUUUGCAUCUGAAGUGGGCAUCUUUAAUCAUCCAGAUGUUUCCAGAGACAGUUUUGUCUUUUGCAAUAUAAUAAAUGGUUAAAGACAGAUCUUGGCAGUUUGGUCAUCUAAAGGUGCCUCAUCCCCACACCUUGAAAGUCAAGUUUAAUGCUACUGUUUUUUUUUUAUUUUACUGAAAUAGGUGGGGUGGGGGCUACUGUUUUUGUUAAGUUUUUACACCUGCCCUGUUCUUUUAUUUUUUUAAAACACUAAAUAUAUUAUUUAGAUUUUUUAAAAUUUAAUUUCCUUUUGUUAUUGUUAUUAAUUUCUUCCAAUAUAUAUUUUUAAUAUUAUGGAGAAAUAUAUGUGUGUAUAUAUAUAUAUAUAUGUAUGUAUGUGUGUAUAUAUAUAUAUAUAUAGCAUGUUCUUAUAAAGUUCACUAUUUCUGAAUGUCUUUCCUAAAAUUAUUUGAAGAAAAAAAAGAUGUCUUGUAAAUUUCAGAACAAAUCAUUAAUCACCGACAGCAAGAAUGAUAUGAAAACAAAUAAAGCCAAAUGAUUGAUUAUCCCUAAUUGAAACUGUUGACACUCUUGUUUAUCACAGUUUUGUUUAAAAUCAUUUGGCCUAUCCCUCUGAUUACACAAAUAAAAUGGAAUCUUCUUGCCUAUACAAUGUA